UAAAGUUAGAAAGCAUCUAUCCGUGUGUGAACAGCCGGUUCAAUUGGAUCGGAUACAUUAUGUGAUUCGGAGUGCUGAUUAACAUCUUAUAAAUUCAAACGCAUUUUUUACGUUGUUCCCGUACAAUUAUGCCUCCAAAGCGACAAGCAAUUGGUCGAUCUACACCUCAAGCUCGGAAGAAAAGAGCAAUACGAGCCUCAGAAUCAGACGAGCAACGAGUAUUAAGGCUGGAAAAUAUUCGAGUACAUGCCGCUGAAACCCGUUCGACGGAAUCAUCUGAACAACGAAAAUUGAGGUUGGAAACUAAUCGAAUACGUACUACUCAGGCCCGUUCGUCUGAGACAACUGAACAACGGGAAAGAAGGCUGCAAAAUAUUAGAAUAAGCAACGUUCGAUCAAGACGAACGUUGCACAUUGAUUUAAAUCUUGCUGCAUUCUAUUAUGAUAGUAAUAAUGAUUACAGUCUUCAUCCAAGUGUCGUCAUUGGAAAAAUGGAUAACAUUUGUAUGUAUUGUGGCGCCCUUAAAUUUAAGAAUGAAACACCAGGAAUGUGCUGCGCCAAUGGAAAAGUUAUACUGCCAGAAUUACAUCCACCACCCGAACCACUAUCAACGUUGUUAUCAGGUGUUACACGUGAAUCGAAGCAUUUCUUGGAAAAUAUUCGCAAAUACAAUUCAUGUUUUCAAAUGACAUCGUUCGGUGCAACUAACAUCGUGCGUGAAAAUUACAUGCCAACAUUUAGAGUGCAAGGGCAAAUUUAUCAUCGUGCCGGAUCGCUGCUACCAUUGCCGGACGCAGAUCACAAGUUUCUUCAAAUUUAUUUCAUGGCAAACAGUCAUGAACAAAUUGAACAACGAUGUCAUUACAAUGCAGGCACUAAACGAGAAAUCGUGGCUGCGUUACAAGCCUUUUUCGAUCAACACAAUGAAUUAGUUCAGUUGUUUAAAACCGCCAUUCAACAAAUGCCAGCCGAUGACUACGCAGUUGUAAUUCGAGCAGAUAAAAGACCCGUUGGCCAAUACGAAAGACAAUUUAAUGCACCAACAGUUGAUGAAGUGGCGAUCGUGAUAGUUGGCGAAGAAUUCGAAUCACGCGACAUAAUUCUUCAUCGCAGAAGUGGUGACGUUCAACGAGUCUCCGAAACUCAUCGUUCAUACGACGGAUUACAGUAUCCGAUUCUGUUUUGGCGAGGAGAAGAUGGAUAUCAUUUAAACAUCAAAAUGAGAAAUCCACAAACAGACGAGGAAACGAAUAAGAAAGUCAGUGCUAUGAAUUAUUAUUCGUAUCGAUUGAUGAUUCGUCAAGACGCUGAGAACCACAUACUAAAAUGUCGACAAUUGUUCCAUCAAUACAUUGUCGACAUGUACGCGAAGAUUGAAACCGAACGACUCUUAUAUAUUCGAUUGAAUCAAACCAAGUUGCGGUCUGAAGAGUACAUCCAUUUACGAGACGCAAUCGUUAAUGAUGGUAACAAGAAUCCAAACGAAUUAGGAAGAAUGGUCAUAUUACCAUCGACGGCACAUGCAUGA